AUGUCUGAUCCUGAUUUAGAACUAAGGAAGCAAAUACAAUCACAUUUGAUCCAAACUGGAACCUAUGAGCGAUUGACUAAUGAGUUGAAGACUUCCUUAUUGGAAAACGGUUGGAUAGAUGAGGUUAAGUCAACGACAAUUGAAGAAUUAAAAAAGAAUCCAAAUUUGAAGUAUUCAGAUAUUUUACCCAAAUUAGAAAAAAAGGCAAUAGAUGACGUUCCUCAAGACACUAAACUAAAAAUAACCUCUCAACUCCGAGAAUUCUUGGAUACAAUUGUUAAUACCUAG